AUGUUAAUCGAAGAGAGCAGCACCACGAUCCAGAAAAAGCUCCCACCAAAACUGAAAGAUCCAGGGAGUUUCAUCGUCCCUUGCACAAUUGAUGAUUUUUAUUUUAAUAAAGCAUUGUGUGAUCUUGGUGUGAGUGUUAACUUGAUGCCACUCUCUAUUUUUAGGAAACUAAGAUUGGGAAAGCCUAAAGCAACUACAGUAACUCUACAUCUGGCUAAUCGAUCACUUACACAUCCACGAGGGAUCAUCGAAGAUGCAUUGGUCAAAGUGGAUAAACUUAUAUUCUCAACGGACUUCUUAAUUCUAGACAUGGAAGAAAACAAGGACGUGCCUAUCAUAUUGGGGUGGCCAUUUUUGCAACUGCAAGAGCUCUCAUAG